AUGGCGUCAUCACCUAGUGAUACUAACCCUCACAAUCUUCCUCCGUUCGAUCUCGGUAAUCACUUCAAUCCCUCAUCGAACCCUUAUCCUACGCCGCCGGGUUCUUAUCCUCCGCAACCAGGUCCUUUUCUUCCCAGCCAGUACAAUCAGCAGCUCUUCGCUCCGCCUGGCAUCGCCGCCCAACCAUCGCCGGCGAAUCAGGCGCAGCAUCAGAAUCAAGACAUGCCUCCCACGUCCUCCGCGAAUAACUUGCACCAACAGAGAUCACUAUCUUACCCCACACCACCUCUAAAUCUGCAAUCCCCCCGUGGCAAUCACAAUCCCGGAACACAGAUCCUGGCUCUACUCAACAAUAACAACGGUGGAGGCGUCAGGGAAGGCGCCGUGCCCAACCAAGAGCCGUCGAUUCAGCUCCCAGUAGCGAAUCCGCACGAGAUCACUCGCUCGUUUCCUGGCGGUUCGGGUCCUAUUCGUGUUCCUAGCUGUAAGCUGCCCAAGGGAAGGCGAUUGGUUGGUGAACAUGCGGUGUACGAUGUGGACAUGAGAUUACACGGAGAGAUUCAGCCGCAGCUGGAGGUGACUCCGAUUACCAAAUACGGGUCGGAUCCUCAGCUCGUAGUGGGUCGGCAAAUCGCCGUGAAUAAGGUUUACAUAUGCUACGGACUGAAAGGAGGAAACAUUCGAGUUCUCAACAUAAACACCGCAUUGAGGGCUUUGUUCAGAGGCCAUUCUCAGAGAGUGACGGAUAUGGCUUUCUUUGCCGAGGAUGUUCAUUUGUUGGCUAGCGUUAGUCUAGAUGGAAAAGUUUUCGUGUGGAAAAUUUCUGAAGGGGCUGAGGGAGAUGAUCAGCCUCAGAUCACUGGAAACAUAGUUCUUGCUCUUCAGAUACUAGGAGAGGAAGAUACCAAACAUCCACGCGUUUGUUGGCACUGCCAUAAGCAGGAAAUUUUGGUUGUUUCCAUUGGUAAACAUGUGCUGCGAAUUGAUACAACCAAAGUUGGCAGAGGUGAUAAAUUCUCUGCUGAGGCACCUCUGCAGUGUUCCCUUGAUAGACUGAUUGAUGGUGUCCAGAUUGUGGGUAAUCAUGAUGGAGAAGUUACGGAUUUGUCAAUGUGCCAAUGGAUGACCACGCGCCUGGUUUCUUCUUCAGUUGAUGGCACGGUUAAAAUAUGGCAAGAUCAUAAGGUACAACCAGUUGCAGUUUUGAGACCUCAUGAUGGCCAUCCGGUCAAUUCAGCCACAUUUGUGACAUCCCCUGAGAGACCCGAUCACAUCAUACUUAUAACGGGGGGUCCUCUAAAUCGAGAAAUGAAAAUCUGGGUCUCAGCGGGGGGAAAAGGUUGGCUCCUACCAGCUGAUGCUGAGUCAUGGAAGUGUACCCAGACACUUGACUUGAAAAGUUCAACUGAGCCACGAGCUGAGGAGGCAUUUUUCAACCAAGUCAUAGCAUUGUCUGAAGCAGGCCUGCUUUUACUUGCAAAUGCGAAAAGAAGCGCCAUAUAUGCGGUGCAUUUGGAGUAUGGCUCUUCUCCAGUUGAUACACGGAUGGAUUACUUGUCCGAGUUUACAGUCACUAUGCCUAUAUUGAGUUUUAUAGGGACAAAUGAUCCUCCAGAGGUUCCCAUUGUUAAGGUUUACUGUGUUCAGACUCAAGCAAUCCAGCAGUAUACAUUGGAAUUAUGCUUGUGCUUGCCACCUCCUCUAGAGAAUAUGGGUUUGGAAAAGUCAGAUUCUAGUGUUUCGAGAGAGGCAAAUCUUGUUGAAGGCUUGUCAGGAGCAUCUGGACUAAAGCCUACAGAAUUACCUUCGGUUGAUUCAGUGCCUAAACCAUCUAUUCUAGUGAAAAGAUCGCAAAGUGGCAAUACGUCAAGUUUUCAAGCGGAUUCUGCAUCAGGAGAGACCACAGCACCAUCAAUUGUUCCAUCCAACAGCGAGCCUAAUAUUUCUGGGUUGCCAUAUGAGACCAUUGAUGCAGGUUCUGCGUAUGCUCCUUCACCGCAGCUUCCUCUAAGUCCCAGACUCUCAAGUACACUUUCUGGUUAUCACACUCCUGCAGAAGAUAUCGAGCAAGUACUGCCUCGUCGUGAGCUCGGUGGCAAAGCUCCUUCUGCUGAUUAUUCUGUUGGUAGGCAAACUGAUGCUAUUGGAGAAAGCAAUUUGGAUGCGUCUUCCAUAGAGGAAAGCUCAAAAAGAAAGGAAAAAAAUGUUACACCUGUUGAUGACGUGUCUGGGAUUCAAAGCCCAUCCGGUUUUUUCAAAUCCCCCACACAUCUUGUAACUCCAGAUUUUUUUAAGGGCGUUUCGUCCACUGAAGCCUCCAUUACUACUGAAGAGAAGAGGGAUGGAGAUGCAAAUAUCCAAGAUGUUAGUAAUGGUGCAAGAAGCACAGAAGUUGAGGGGAAAGAAGUAGGUGCAGGAAGGUCGAUCCAGAAUGGUGAAAUCAACUAUCAUUUAGAAACUGAAAGUCGCACUUCAAAAAGUAGAGAAAAAAUCUUCUGCUCGCAGGCUUCUAAUCUCAGCAUUGAGAUGGCAAGAGACCAUCAUCCUGUGACUGAGGAAACUUUUAUUCCCGAGGACUCUGUGCCAAAUGGACAAUAUUUACAAGCUGGAGAUGAAAAGAGUCUUGAUUCAAGAGGGGUGUCUGGAAUGCUUCCUGAGUCGGUUUCAUCUAGUGGGCUUCCACAGUUGGCAGUUACAAAUAGCAAAGGGAAGAAGCAAAAGACCAAAAGUUCGCAAGGUCUUGGUUUGUCAUCUACAUCCUCAAAUGUUGCCAAUCUUGCUGACUCCUUCAAUGAGCAAAGCCAGAGCUUAAAUCAUCCCACCACAGAUUCACUUCCUCAACUCUCAGCUAUGCAAGAAACGAUGAAUCAGAUAAUGGCAUCGCAGAAGGAGAUGCAGAGACAACUAUCAAAUGCUGUCAACGGCCCUAUAAUUAAAGAAGGUAAAAGACUAGAAGUUGCUUUAGGGCGAAUGAUUGAGAGAUCCAGCAAGUCAAAUGCUGAUGCUCUAUGGGCGCGCUUCCAAGAGGAGACUGUUAAGAAUGAAAAGGCAUUGCAUGACCAUGGCCAGCAAAUUAUGAAUGCUAUGACGAACUUCAUGAGCAAGGAGUUAAAUGCCAUCUUUGAGAAAACGAUAAAGAAAGAAUUUGCUGCACUUGGUCCGAACCUAGCUCGUACAGUUACUCCAGCGAUUGAAAAGACUGUAUCUUCUGCAAUCACAGAGUCCUUCCAGAGAGGACUUGGUGACAAAGCAGUCAAUCAGCUUGACAAAUCUGUUAAUUCAAAGCUCGAGGCAACCAUAGCUAGGCAAAUUCAAGCCCAAUUUCAGACCUCUGGCAGGCAAGCCCUCCAGGAAGCUGUUAGGUCGGGUCUGGAGUCCUCGAUCAUACCAUCCUUUGAGAGGUCAUGCAAGACCAUGUUUGAACAAGUAGAUUCGGCAUUCCAGAAAGGGAUCGCUGAGCAUACCAACGCAGCUCAGCAACGGUUUGAUUCUGGACACACCCAGCUCGCUCAUACUCUAAGGGAAUCAAUUACUUCUGCGUCAUCAGUUGCUCAAGCCUUAGCCGAGGGCCAAAGGAAUCUGUUAGCUCUUGCAGCUACUGGAGCAAAUCCUGGUGGGUCAAAUCCAUUAAUUACUCAACGAAGUAGCGGAGCUUUGGGUGCUCUUCUUGAAAAGGUUGAAGCACCAAUGGACCCAACGACAGAACUAUCAAGGUUGAUAUCCGAACGCAAGUACGAAGAAUCAUUUACUUCGGCUCUACAAAGAAGCGAUGUCUCUAUAGUGUCAUGGCUUUGUUCACAGGUGGAUCUUCGUGGACUGCUGAGGAUGAAUCCGCUGCCACUGAGCCAAGGUGUGCUUUUGUCACUUCUGCAACAGCUAGCUUGUGACAUGAGCAAGGACACAUCCCGUAAGCUUGCUUGGAUGACCGAUGUGGUUACAGCUAUAAACCCAUCAGACCAAAUGAUUGCGGUCCACGCUCGUCCAAUUUUUGAACAAGUCUAUCAGAUUCUGCACCACCACCGUAACGCACCGGGUAACGCAUCUGGCAGCGACGUCUCUGCCAUCACAAUUAUAAUGCACGUCAUCAACUCCAUGCUUAUGGGCUGCAAAUGA